AUGCUUCGGCACGAAUGGGCCUGCUUGACCGGAGUGAUACCCCAGCCGAGCAGAAAACCGACGUGAAGCGUACCUCUCCGUGUAGAUUCCUAUGGAGAAGAACGGGCAAGAAACUCCAUUUUUUUUUUUUUUAUUUUUUUUUUUUUGUUUUUUAAAACGUUGCCCCACACUAGGAUUUUCUCCUGUGUCGUGGGUGUGUUUACAAACAUACAAGUUCACAUACACAUCACAACCAGACCCGGAACAACAAUCUGUAGAUCACACAAAGAUUUGCUCCGGGCGGGAAUCGAACCCGAGACCCCUUGCCCGGCAGUCGCACUUGCGACCACUCGGCCAACGAGGCAGUCUACGAGUACAAAUGUAUAAAAAAUCUUAA